CCCUGGGCAGGAGCUGUGACACCUCAGGUGUGUGGUGCUGGGAUGGGCACUGACUGGGAUGGGGCUGCCUUCUGCUUCCAGGGUGGUGGCACGGGAUGAGGAGGAUGAGGAAGAAAAGAUCUUCCCUGCAGACUCACCUGUGCUGCUGAGAGAGCUGAAUAACAAGAGCCACUACUCGGGGUGGGUGCAGGCCAGCAACGCCCUGGGCACUGCCCGCUCUGCCCCACGGCUCCUCAGCCUGCAGGAGCUCGUUGUCCCCGCUCUGCCCGUGGCCAUCGGCGCCCACACCUCGGAGUCGUCCCCUCCGGUCACCACCACGCGCUGGAGGAGCCGGACCCGGCUGCAGAACGUGCGGUGCCAGGAGAGGCACAGAGCCACGGGCACCCCGACGUGGCAGGUGGAGCCGUGCGACACGGCGGCGCAGGAGGGUCCCCGCCGGCAGCGCGAGCUGCAGCGCGCCAAGCCGUGCGACACGGCGGCGCAGGAGGGUCCCCGCUGGCAGCGCGAGCUGCAGAGCGACACCGAGUUCGAGUUCCAGGCGCGGUGCCGGCUCGGCAGCGCCCAGAGCCCCUGGAGCGCCUGGAGCCCCCCGUUCUUCUACCGCACCCCCGAGGCAGCCCCCGCCGCUCCCGCCGUGUGGCGGCGCCUGGGUCCGGUCCUGCCCGACGGCAGCCGCGAGGUGACGGUCUUGAUCAAGCCGGAGGUGCCGCCCUCCCUGAGGAGCCCGUUUGGGCUACAAAGGGACGGGAGGAAAUCUUGCAGCCAGAUCUCUCCAUCCUUGGAGAACGCGUCACCCAUCCCGGGUGAUGUCCUGGCUGGGGGGUCCCGGCGGUCAGACCCCGCAAAUCCGUGCCCGUCUCGCCCCCCGCAGCCGCUGCCAGCCCGGGAUGCCCGCGGGAGGAUCCUGGGCUACGCCGUGAGCACCGAGCGCCGCGGGGCGGCGGAGCCGCUGUGCCUCACCUCGGGCACCGAGUGCACCGUGCGGGUGCCGCCGGGAGCCCGCAGCCUCCUGGUCACCGCCCGCAAUUCCAAAGGGACCUCGGGCCCCGCCAGCAUCCCCCUAAACCGAGCUGCGGCUGGGGAAGAAUUCCCAGCACCAGGGGCUGUGGAGGUGAAGCCUGAGAACCAGAGCAGGGUCCUGGUUCAGUGGGAGCCCCCCCAGCACAGCCAGAGCCCCCCACUCUGGUUCAUCCUGGAGUGGCUUUCCAGCUCCCAGCACGGCCAGGAGGAGAAGUUCUUCUGGGAAAAAGUCCCAGGGCAGGAAACACACACCUACAUCCAAGCAGAGGCAGCAGCAGGAGCUGCCCCCCGAGUGUCGCUGUACGCCGUGUAUCCCCAGGGCAUCAGCAAUCCCAGCUCCAGCCCAGCCCCUGCUGAGGAGCCACAUCUGGGCAGCACCUACAGCCAGAUGUCCCAGGAUGAUGACAUCAGAGUUUUUUUGGGACUGAGCCUCAGCGUGGUGGGACUGUCAGCUCUUUUUGCAAUUGUGAUGUUUAAAAAAUCAGUCAGGAAAAGGGUGAAGGCCACCCUGGUGUCCCUCCUGCCCAAGUGGCUCUUUGAAGAUUUUCCCCACAUGGAGAACAGCACCGUGGUGAAGUCACUCCAGGAGAAGGGAGAUGUCCCCAGUGCCAUCCUGCAGGAGCCGUUCCUGACCCCCGGUGACCCCGCGCUGAGCGAGAUCCAGGAGGUGCCGGCGCAGGAACGGCGCCAGAGCCUGGCCACCAAGGCCAGGGCAGAGGUGGCCGAGCACAGGGAGGUGCCAGGGGCUUUGGUGGCCCCCAGCAGCCCGGCCCUGGCGCAGCUCAGCCCCUACAAACCCCAGCUCUGCCACGGGCACGCCGCGGGCUACGUGGCCGCGGGAGUUCCCCCCGCAGAAAGCCCCGAGCCGGAGGUGGGAAGGCUCUGCCAGGACUACACCAGCCCUGCCCCCCGGCUGUGGGAGCUGCGGGGAGCAGGGCCAGCCCAGGUGUGUCUGCUGGAGAAGAUCCACCUGGUCCUGAACAGCAGCCAGGCGUUCCCAGCGCCCUGCCCGCAGCCGCCCUGGCAGCCCGGCGAUGCCCCCGAGCAGAUGCUGGUCCCCCAGGAGAUGCUCUCCUGCCUCCGAGCCACCCACAGGGGUGCAGACACAGAGUGGGAGGGCUCUUCUGGCAGGAGCUGGAACUGGGGAUAAGCCCCUGGAGUCUCAGCGCUGGGAUUGCCGAUGGAAGAACCAGAGAGAAGCUCCGGGUUGGAAUUUCGCCCUCUGCAAACUCCGCUGCAGGUUCUGGUGCCUGCCUGGGGAGCCUGGGCCAGCAAAUCCCAAAUUUUAACCUUCCCUCGCACUGGCAGGAGCAAAAAACCCCGUGAAGUUUGGAUUCCUGGAAUGCCAAGCAGGAGAUUCCUGCAGGGUGCAAUAUCUUCAAUUACUGCUCAACAUCGUCCUCUUGUUAAAGGUUUGGAGAAUUUAAUUCUGAAAUCUUUGGAGCAUUUCACUCCCAAAUGUUUGGAGCACUUAAUUCCCAAAAGUUUGGAGCACUUAAUUCCCAAAAGUCUGGAGCAUUUAAUUCCCAAAUGUUUGGAGCACUUAAUUCCCAAAAGUUUGGAGCAUUUAAUUCCCAGAAGUUUGGAGCAUUUCAUUCCCAGAAGUUUGGAGCAUUUAAUUUCUAUAUGUUUGGAGUAUUUCAUUUCCAUAACUUUGGAGCAUUCAAUUCUGAAAUGUUUGGAGCAUUUCAUUCCCAAAAAUUUGGAGUAUUUAAUUUCCGU